AUGACAUUUAAACAUGUAUCUGAUGGAUCAGGCAGUGAUUUACUCAAGAGUCUUGAGGUAGCCAAUAUUUUAAUAAUUAUGAAAUGUUUACCGCAUAAUGACCUGCAUGUGAUGUCUACUUUACAAUUACACAAUAAGGAUAGACAUUUUAAAAUUACGAUAAAACAUUGGUACCCAUUUAUUGAUUAAAUAUUAAAGUAUAGAAAAAAGCUGGCGUAAUUGCAUAGUUAAUGUUCUUAUUUGUAAGUUUGGUGAUUGAUCAUUCACUCUAACAUCAAAACUAACUGAACAGUUUUUCUUGCUAAAUAUUACCCUAUGUGUUUAUAAAACAAAGACAACACAUGUACAAUAUCCUAUUAAUAGUAUAAGUCUAUAACUAAUUAUUGUUAUGUGUUUUUAUACUUGUUGUAGUCACAGAGGAUCAGAGAAUUACUUGGCAUUCAAAUACCAGAAGGAGAAGCUAGAUUAUUGUCUAACGGAAAGUUAACCUGUAUGAUUUGUAUUCAAAGACCAAUUUUUGACACCAUUAAUGUACUUUCAAUACACAGAAAAGGAAAAAAACACUUAAAUGGUAUAUUUAAAGUUUUUUUAUUUAUUCAUUAAAUUUUAUGGAGAUUAUAAAUCAGAAAUUGUACAGAGAAAGCUCAUAAGCUCAAAGCACAUAUCAGCUCAUUUAUUUCUCUCUCUCUCCUCAGAGAUAGUAGUAUGUAAAUUUCACCAAAUUGAUAUUGUUUGAACUAUUCAAAAUAAUGAUUUCCUCUGAAAAAAGAUAGCUUGUUAUUGUGAAAUGUAACUAAUUAUUACAAUCAAAAGCCAUUAUUCCAAAUUAAUUUUACCGAUGAAGAUUUUUGUUGAUAAAAUAAUGACAUUUUUAAUUUUUUUUUUUGUGUUUUACUCAUUUUGUAUGAUCUACAAAAAGUUAUCUGAAAUUACUAAUGAAUUAAAAAAGAUUUAAAUAGUAUUACUGAGUUGAACAAAUUUUAAAUACAGGAUUAAAUUAUGUUUUAACUUAGCAUUUUGAAAAAAAAACACUAUUUAGAGUGAGUAAGUAUAACAUUAAAUUUGUCAUGAUUUGAUGAGAUAAAGAUAAUUACAGUGAUAUUCGCUACAUAACUUUUAAUAGCGAGUUUCUAGAAUGUGUCAACAAUUAAGUUAUUUAGGCUAUUUUAGAAUUUAAAAUACAUUAUUAAGGUUUUGUAAUGCUAUAAAUUCUAGUUGCUAAAAUAUUUAUACUAAAAUGAAAAAUAAUUUCAUAAAUGCAUAUAAAAUUAAUUUUUUAAAAUAUUUUUGUUUAUUAGAACUUAGUAAAUAUUUGGAAAGAAAAGAAGAAUUGGAGAUAAUGAAGAUUAAAAAACAACAUAGAGAAUAUAUUCAAUCAUUUGGUGAUCAGAAAACAAAAUUUAGAUCCACUGAACGUAAAAAAAAGUUAGAAAUUACUGAUAAUGGUAAUAUAUAAUUAGAUUUCCUAUCUAAGAGAAAAUUUAAGUGCAUAAUAUUUCAAUUUAUUGUAUUUUAUCAUAUAAGAUACUGAAGAGUGUAAAGAAUCUACUAUUGUGUCACGUUAUGUUGCAUCAAUUAAAAAAAAACCUUCUCUACAAAGCGUUAUAAAUCGUACUAAAAAACAUUCUUAUCAACAAUCUGUGUCUACAUUGGAUCCAUUAACGUAUCAAGAUGUCUCAGUUAUCGAACAAUCUUCUUCCAAGAAUAAAGUUAUGGAGUUAGUAUAAAAAAAAAAAAAAUAUUUUAUUUAUAUAUUUCUGACAAUUUUUUUUUUAUAGUUAACAUUAAUUAAAAAAAAAUUAUACAUAUAUUGACAUUGUUUUUGUUUACUAUUAUUUAAAUUUAAAUUUACAGAAUUGGCUGGAUAAAAAAUUCUGAUGGAUCUUGGUCUAAGGAUCCACAAGCUGAAUUUGAUUCUGAUGAUGAUUGGUAA